UUCGCGGGCGACGCCGGGCUCGUGAACUACUACCGCUCCGGCGACGCGCUCGCCGGGCACGUCGACGACGCCGAGCGCGACCUCGCGAAGGCGCGUUCUCCUUCACACUGGUUCCCAUACGACCCCCCGAUCGUGUCCCUCUCUCUCGGGUGCGCCGCGAUCUUUCUCCUCGGCGGCGAGACGCGGGAGACGGCGCCGACGGCGGUGCUGCUUCGGUCAGGCGACGCGGUGGUGCUCGCCGGGGAGAGCCGGCGGAGGUACCACGGCGUGCCGAGGAUAUUCGCGCGCGCGGAGGGGACGCGUGACGGCGCGGGGGUGGAAAUUUUGGGCGCGCCGCGGGAGGUGUCGGAUCCGGCGUGCUGGCCGGAGGAGCCGCUCGUGGCGCGGUGGGCGGCGGAGACGCGCGUGAACGUCUCCGUGCGGGACAUCGCGUGA